AUGUGGACUGCAGAUCCAGGGGCUCUCGAGCAGCUCAGGACCAUAUUUAAAGGAACCUUAUCCUCUCGUAAAGCGGAAAGGUCCCAAGCAGUGGACGCCUUGAAACAGGCGAGAGAAGAACCCGAGUUUGAAAACUACCUUGUGGACCUCUUGAUCAGAGACGAAGCUGGAUCUGAUGUUAGAGCCGCUGCGGGACUUAACCUUAAGAACUCGGUGCUCAAGGAGCCCAGAAAAGAAAGACCUUAUGUUUUGGACAAUAUCAUGAACGGUCUUUUGGUGCAAGACACAAUGGCUAGAAACAUCACCGGUACGGUGAUCACAUCCCUUUUUUCCCUGUACGGCCUUGAGAAGUGGCCUCAGGCAUUGCAGCAUUUAUUGUCGUUGGCUGAAUCGGCUGAUGCCGGCCAAUUGGCUAAGGAGGCAGCCAUGAGUGCUUUGAGCAAGAUCUGUGAAGAUAGCGCCUAUCUGUUGAACAAGGACUUCAACGGAGAGAGGCCUUUGAACUACAUGGUUCCUAAAUUCAUCAAGAUUGCUGCGCAGCCUGAAUCGUCUAGCUACAUGAGAGCGGAGGCUGUUCGUUGUGUGAACCAGUUUGUGCCUCUCAAGACUCAGCUGUUCUUGGUGCACAUUGACGAUUUCCUCCAUGUGCUCUUCCAAUUGGCCCUGGACAGCGACAGCAGGGUGAGGAAGAACGUCUGCACGGCUUUCUUGCUGAUUAUGGAAAAUAGGCCCGACAAGUUGGUGCCCCACAUGGACGGAGUUGUGAACUACGGUCUUCACUCAAUGCAAGACUCUGACGAGGACGUUGCCAUGGAGGCCUGUGAGUUCUUAUUGGCUCUUGCUGAGCUGCCUCAAAAGGGCCACAAGCAGCUGUUCCGCCCUAAGCUCCAGCAGGUUUUGCCUGUUCUUCUCGAGAAGAUGAUGUACUCUGAGGAGGAGCAGUUUUUGAUCCAGAUUGCCGACGAGAAAGAUGACGCUCGUGUCGCCGAUAAAAACGAAGACAUCAGACCCAGCGCCGCUAAGGCCAAGACGCAUCAGGUUGGUCGUAAGGGUGAGCCAAAGAGGGAACAGUCUGCUGAACCAGAAACUUCAUACGAUCCUGAUGACGAUAGGGUAGAGGACUCCGAUGGCAGCUACACGGUCCAGCCUUUGAGUGACUCGGACGAUGACGAUGACUCAGAUGACGAGCUUGAUUCCUGGAACCUUCGUCGCUGUUCUGCUGCUACUCUUGACGCUCUUUCUAUUGAGUACCCAGAGGAGGUGAUCGAGGUUACCUUGCCUAUUCUUCAGGAACGUAUUGUUUCGAACGAGUGGCCUGUUCGUGAGGCUGCUAUCUUGGCUUUCGGUGCCAUCUCCACUAGUUGCACGGAACUUGCUAGUGACAAAUUGCCCACUCUUGUUCCUUUCCUCGUGGACCGUUUGAGAGACCUGGAGUCAAGAGUACGUCAGAUCUCGUGCUGGACCGUCUCUCGGUUUGCCCUGUGGGUGUCCGGUGAAGCUCACGAAGGCGGCACCUACGCUAACUACUUCCAGCCUACUUUUGAAUCCAUUGUGCUGUGUGCUAUGGACUCUAAGAAGGUCGUCCAGGAGGCUGCUUGUUCGGCUUUGUCUGUGUUCAUUGAAUCUACUGACAUCUCACUCAUCAGCUACUACGUGGGUCCCUUGUUGGACCACUUUGCUAAAUGUCUCCAGGUAUACCAGAGGAAGAACAUGGUUACCUUGUACGACUGUAUCCUGACGUUUGUCGACAAGAUUGGCCAGGACGUUUUCAACUCCAAGCCUGAGUACGUCUCCACGUUGUUGCCUCCUCUCUUGCACAACUGGCAGGUUUUGCAAGAUACUGACUCUGACUUGUGGCCUUUGCUUGAGUGUAUGGCACUGGUGGCUGCCACUAUGGGUGAGGCAUUUGCUCCUUACGCUGUUCCUGUUUAUGAAAGAGCCGUCAAGAUCUUGAGCAAUGCCGUCCAUUUGAACCAGGAAGUCCAUACUCAUCCUGAGAUUGAAGCUCCAGAGAAAGACUUCAUUGUCACCUCGCUUGACUUGAUCGACGGUCUUGUCCAAGGUUUCAAGGGCCACUCUAUUGAUUUGAUGAAGCAACACGGCGCUGACUUGAUGGAGAUUGUAUUGGUGUGCCUUGAGGAUCCCGACGACGAUGUCCGUCAGCUGAGUUACGCUCUUUUGGGUGAUUUGGCGAUUCACGCUUGUGAAGAGACCAUCAAGCCCAACUUCAGCACUCUUAUCAUGUGGAUCGGCAACGAGAUCAACGGACACACCUACUCCAAGUACCCAGUUACCAGUAAUGCUAUUUGGGCUUGUGGUGAGAUGGUUCUUGUGUUACCUAAAGAGAUUGUUGAACCUCAGGUGUGGAACAUUUCCAACCUCCUCAUCACCAUCAUCAACCAGCCAGAUGUGCAGCUGGCCGUGCUAGAAAACACUGCCAUUUGUCUUGGUAGAUUAGGUUUUGCUGGCCCAGAGGUCAUUGGUCCUCGUUUGCCCGAGUUCAUCUACUCCUGGUGCACCCACAUGAUGUACAUUCAAGAGAACGAAGAGAAGGAGUCAGCUUUCCUCGGUAUGAUCGAGAUCAUUCUCCAGAACCCAGACAACGGAUUUGGUGGAUUGAGCAACCAGCAAGGCCGCAAAAACUUGGCUGUUUUCCUCGAUUGUAUUGCCAACUACCUCGGAGGCAGCGAGAGACUCAAGCAUAGAUUCCACCAAUUUUUGAUUGGUUACAGAGACCUUACAGGCCCCAACUGGGCUCAGGUCUUGGCUCUUUCCAGCCAGGACACACAGCUCGUGCUUCGAUCAUACAAGUGA